AUGGCGAUGAUGAUGACUGGCCGUGUGCUGCUGGUGUGUGCUCUCUGCGUGCUGUGGUGCGGUGCCGGCGGUGGCUACGCGUUGUUUUUCAACGAUGAGGUACAUGCAUAUUAUUAUGGAGCAAACGGCACGUACUGUAAAGCCUUUCCCACAAUUUUUUGCAGUAAAACAACUGAGGUGACGUCUCAACAAAAUGCAGCUGGAGGUUCUGUCACAGGUGGAAAUGCCGAGUCGGGAGAGCAGGAGAAUGCUCAAUCAAUUGCUGGUCUGGGAGGGGAAGGAAGUGGUGAAGCGAGUGACGAGGGUUCUGCCGGGAGGCUGGCCCACGGUUCGGAGGGAAGUGGCUCGGGUCGAUUGAAAGAAGAUGAAGGUAAAGCAGAAGAAUUAAACCAGCCGGGAGGAGCACCUCCGUCACCACCAGCAACUCCACCAGCACCAACAGGGCCGAUAAAUUUGCCGAAGUCAGCGGAACCCGGUGAACCAGCGACCUCAGGUGUGACAACAGAAGUACAAUCAGCGCAGCAGCCACCGCCGCAGUCACAGUUGCCGGCGGAAGAAGCACCACCAACAGCAGCACCGAUUGCCGAUGGUUCCUCUGGGGGGCAGGAACAAACCUCGGAGAAAAAUGGUUCGGAUCAAUCGGAAGGAGCCACAGGUACACAACUACAAAAGCCUGGAGAGGGAGGAACCGAAACAUCAACACCAACAGUCACCGCUGCUCAUUCUGCUGAUGGUCAGGACAACAGUUCGGAGGAAAGUCAUUUGGAUCAAUCGGAAGGAACCGCAGGCGAAGGUACACAUGCAUCACAGCCGCCGGGAGAGGGAGGAACAGAAACACCAACACCAACACCAGCAACAGUCACCGCCGCUCAAACAAGUGCCACGAGGACGCCUGACGACAGUGACGGCAGCACCGCGGCCUCUCACACCACCUCCCCUCUUUUUCUUUUUCUUCUUGCGUGUGCAGCUGCUGCUGCGGUGGUGGCCGCGUGA